AUGCCAAAUAAUCAAUGCAUAAAUGCAAGAUUAAGACAAAGAAUUCGUGCUAGAGUUGCAGAAAUAAGAAGAAUACCAUUAAAUGAAGAAUUAGUUGUUGCAGAGCACCAAAGAUGGGGAAAUCCAAGAAGAAGAAAUCAAAGAAAUACAGUUAAUAAUCAUCCUGAAUCAAAAGAAGAACAAUAUGUGCAUUUUAAUUUUUUGAAAAGUUUUUGCCCAGAAUCUGAUCCAAAGCUUCUAAUAGAAAGAUAUGUUCCUAAUUCCUUGCAAUAUGCUACAUCUAAAGGAUGUAUUUUCUCAGUACCGCCUAAAUAA